GUGACGAAGAUAGUUACCAUGGAGUUGCGCUGAGUAACCAGCAGGCAGUGGGACGCUGAGACCGGAGGGGAACAAUCCCUGAACCCAGUGGAAUGAAUCCCUAAUGGUGGAGUUCCAGGCUUCAGUGACAGGCUGAACCCAGACUCCCAGGGCCCAUGCUUCCACCUGAUGAACAAUGGCCUGAACUAUGAGCAAACGGGACUGUUUGAACACUUCGGUGCAGGAGCCUCCUCUUGACUACUCCUUCAAAAGCAUCCACGUGAUCCAAGAUCUGGUAAGCGAGGAGCCAAGGACAGGUCUACGACCAGUGAAGCACUCAAAGUCAGGAAAGUCACUGACCCAGUCCCUGUGGCUCAACAACAAUGUCCUCAAUGAUAUAAAAGACUUCAGCCAGGUGGUUUCACAGCUUCUGCAGCAUCCAGAGAACCUGGCCUGGAUUGACCUCUCCUUCAAUGACCUGACUUCCAUUGACCCUGUCCUAACAACAUUCUUCAACCUAAGUGUCCUCUACCUUCAUGGCAACAGCAUCAUUCGCCUAGGGGAGGUGAAUAAGCUAUCUGUCCUCCCUCGUCUCCGAAGCCUGACUCUCCAUGGGAACCCCAUAGAGGAAGAAAAGGGGUACAGGCAGUAUGUGCUGUGCAACCUGCCCCGCAUCACCACAUUCGACUUCAGUGGAGUCACCAAGGCAGACCGCACCACAGCUGAGGUCUGGAAACGCAUGAACAUCAAGCCCAAGAAGGUCCGGAUCAAGCAGAAUGUACUCUGAGAUUUGAAGGACCCCAGCACGCCCAAUGCCCUGAGGAUGAUCAGCUUGGUUUGACAAUAAAUAAUUUGAGCUGUUCAGCAGAUUAAAGUCCCCUGUACCUUGUAAGGACGCCUGCCUUCCAUGCCCAGCAACUACCAGAAAAACUUAAUAGUGGAUACAAAGGCCUACUGGCCUGGCCUGAGCCCAAGAGCCUGCUUGUUACCGUGUGGGAAACUCUCUUGUCCUCACUGGGUCCCCUUUGGACUCUUUAGCCUUCAGGGAUCACGGGAAUGGAAUAGUUUAGCAAUUUCCAAAAAUCCUUGAAUUUGUAGAAAUCUUCUUGCCUCUGCUUCUUGAGUGCUGGUAUUACAGGAAUAAGCAAACAAGCCUCACCCAAAAUCUUCAAAAAGGGCCAAGGUAUGCGGAGCUGCCUUAAAUCUCCAGAGUAGAGCCAGAAAAUUGCUGUGAUCUGUUUCUUUCUUUCUUUUUGUUUUUUUGUGGGUUGUUGUUUGUUUUUUCGAGACAGGGUUUCCCUGUGUAACAGUCCUAGCUCUCCUGUAACUAGCUCUUGUAGACCAGGCUGGCCUCAAACUCACAGAGAUUCACCUGCCUCUGCCUCCUGAGUGCUGGGAUUAAAGGCGUGCAGCACCAUCGCCCAGCCUGUGAUCUAUUUCUAUAGAGCAGAGUAGUUUUAUACUUUCAGGUUGUGAUUCUGGUUAAGAUUUAAUUUCCUAGAUGGGCAGUGGUAACACCCACCUUUAUUCCCAGCACUGGAGGCAAAGGCAGGUGAAUCUCUGUGAGUUCUAAGAUAGCCUAAACUACAUAGUCAACAACAACAACAAAACUUCAUUUUCUGAAAAGAAUAACCAGUGGAAUAUGACCUCCUCCCACCCCUAGGGGCUAUGUGUAAGCCUGCUGAGCUGGUGAGGACACCAACAAUCACAGCUGCCUCCCAUUCAAGUAUGUACAGCUCUGACAGUGUCAGCUCAGCAUCAGUAGAUAAGGGAAAAUAGGGAACACCUACCUGAGGUUACCCAC